CAUGGCAUAACCAGCAAGCAAGCAAGGGUAGAGGACGAAGAAGAAGAAGUGCGAGAACCGAGAAGACGUCAUGUCGGACGAGCUCCGCAAGUCCCACAAGAAACGCUCGAAAGAGUCGGCGCCGAAGGUCAAGGUCAAGGACGACCGCAAGCGUCCUCAUCGGUCGCCGUCGUCCGAGAAGAAGACACGGGCGGCGGCGCGUUCUCGGGCUUCGAAGAGCGCUACGUCCCUGAGGAGGCCGUCCUUGUCCGCGCGACAACGCUUGACGUCGCCGGCAGGGGCUCGCGCCAAAACAAAGGACCAUCCCACAAUGACCACCGUCGGCACCACCGCCGCUACCACGGAUGGUAAAAAGACCAAGGCUAAGCACUCCAAGCACGGGCGGCGAUGGACCGAAAGACUGAGUAGGAUCGACCUGUCGGCGCUGGGCAUCCACGAUCCGGUCAAGGAGGCCCAUCGCCGUGAGCGCCAACGAACCUUCCGUGCCUGCCUCGUCAUCGGCGCAGCUGUCGCGAUCGCUCUCGCCGUCUUUCUGGGCGUCGCCUGGACGUUGGCCUGGCAUUACCGCGCUCGAAGUUCCAUGCACCGUUCGGGAUGCCACACUGCGGCGUGCGCCAAGUACGCGGCCCUCUUAAGCGGCGCCAUCGACGAGAGGAACAGGCCGUGCGACAACUACUACCGACACAUCUGCAGCAUCGAGAAGAGACAGCUCAAGAACGCCAUCAGCACGGUGCACCGUAUCCGGCUCGACUCUUUCAAGGCUGUAACGACCAAGCUGCGGGAUAUGACUGUGCCGGAUGACCGCCAGUCGCCGCUACAGAAAGCGGCCGCCUAUUUGCAGGCUUGCGAGACCGUAAUCCACGGCAGCAACGUCCACGAGGUGAGGGAGGCUCUCAAAAAAGGCGGCAUCACGUGGCCCGACCACGUGGAUCCUUCGGCCAGUCUCAUCGACGGGAUUUUCUACAUGUCGGCGAAACUGCACACGACUGUCCUCUUUCGCGUAGAGGUGAAUGUCAGCAAGAACGCCACAGAGUCGCCCGCUGUCGCCUUCAGCUUGGACGAGGAGUUCAUAGCCGUACUUGAGAUGAUGAAGCAGCACAGGAUGACGAAGCGAAUCCUGGGCCACUUCAAGCUGACGUACGACAGCUUUGCGUCUACACCGAAGCUGGCCAACGACAAGGGGCGCUCCGAUCAGCUCUUCAAGGACCUCGUAGAAAUCGGCGGCAAAUUUAGGAACUCCACGUCCUACCAGAAUACCAUCGCCGACAGCGCGCCCCUCGAGCUUCACCCGCGUGACAUCCCAACGGUGGCGCCGUCUACCGACUACGACACCUGGAACGCCGCCCUGCGUCGCCACUUCAACCAGUCCUUCGACAACAUCACGUCAGUGACCAUCGAACGCCCCAAAUACUUCAAAGCGGUGUUCAUGGCGCACGCCGCGUUCGGGGCCUCCAAGGUUUUGGACAUUUUCGGCUGGCUCUGCAUACAAUCGCUGAUACACUUCACCAGCCGGAAGUUGCUCUCCAGUUACUACUACUCUUCCGAGGAACAGGCCUUCUCCGCGCACCGAAACCACUGCAUUGCACACACGCACGCGGCCUUCCGCUCCGCCAUCAACGCCCACAACUGGAUGAAAGUGCCCAAGGCGUCUCUACAGGACGUGCUCGAAACGGCGAACGACGUCUGGCGAGGCUUCGCGGAUCUGCUGGGCGAGGAAAACGAAACGCUGCUGGGCAGCUGGAGUCCGCCGCCCAAGGAUGCGUACGUGGAGGCCCUCUUCAGACACCGGAGGCUGUCCAGGCCCGACAAGGUCAACGCCUUCUACGCCUCCGUGCCCGCCAUGAAAAUGAAGCCGCUCCACAACUACGUGGCCGUCAAAGACGCCAUGUAUGGCCACAUGCGGGACCCGGACUUCCUGGACAUGAACCGGGCGUGGAAGAUCGAGGACUCCAGCAGCCUGCGGGCGUACAGCCUGGUGCCGCCCGAGCUCGAGUUCCCGUGGCUGGGACCGGGAAGGCCUUACGCCCUCGCCCUGGCUGGACUGGGCGUCCGAAUGGCGGCCACGCUCUACUUCCAAUCGGUGGCGAGGCUGGCCAACGCCUCAGAGACCACCGCCGCCAAUUUCAGAUGUCUGGCGCCCUCUGCCAAAGACGAAGACGGUGCCGGCUCGGACAUUCCGGCCGCAGCCGCUGCUCUGCGCGUGGUCUGGAGAACCUGGGAGGCGGCGAGAAGGGCGAACGCGACCCCGGCGAUCAACCUCGGCCCCGUGCCCAGCGACGCCGCCGUGUUCGCCUUCCACUGCUGGUUCUCGUGCGGACUGCGACCCUACAACGAAAUGCUUUGCAACUUGCCCCUGAUGCACUCUAGCGACUUCGCGCGCGUCUAUCGUUGCAAGGAGGGUUCGAGGAUGAACCCGAAAACCAAGUGCGCGAUCAGGGUGUAG